AUGGAGAACAAAAUGUGUGUAGUGAUGCAGAUCAUAUACCUUGGUUUUAGUUUCAUGUUUUACAUGUCACUAGCAGUUGCUGAUGAAAAAGUGGCAGCAUUGGAGCCGCUAGCCAAGACAAAGAGCAUGCAAACUUAUAUAGUUUGGGUGGAAAAGCCAGUUAGCGAUUUGAUUGCACAAUCUGAACAUGAAGAUUUAGGGAGUUGGUACCAGACAUUUUUGCCCCAAACUAUUGCAAACUCAAACCAGCUUGAGAAGCCACGAAUGGUUUAUGCAUACCACAAUGUGGCAACUGGCUUCGCAGCAAAGCUGACAGCGAAGGAAGUUGAAGAGAUGGAAAAGAAAGAUGGGUUUAUCUCCGCUCAUCCAGAACGAAAUCUGCAAUUGCACACAACUCAUAGUCCUAACUUCUUGGGGCUGCAGCAAGGAAUGGGACUCGAUAAAGGGCCUAACUAUGGUGAAGGUGUGAUUAUUGGAAUUUUGGAUAGUGGGAUAUUCCCAGACCAUCCUUCAUUUAGUGAUGAAGGAGUACCACCUCCUCCAGCUAAAUGGAAAGGCAAGUGUGAUUUCAGCGGGACAGUCUGCAAUAACAAGCUUAUAGGUGCCAGAAGUUUUAAUGGUGGAAAAACUACUGGAGGCCCUCCAGUUGACGAUGAAGGCCAUGGAACUCACACGUCAAGCACAGCUGGAGGAAAUUUUGUAAAAGGUGCCAGCGUGUUUGGAAUGGCCAACGGCACAGCAACUGGCAUGGCACCUCAUGCUCACUUGGCAAUGUACAAAGUAUGCUCAGACGAGGGUUGUUCUGAAUCAGACAUUAUAGCUGCUAUGGACACUGCUGUUGAUGAUGGCGUGGAUGUGCUAUCCCUUUCAAUCGGUGGUGGCUCAGCUUAUUUUUAUGCUGAUGGAAUUGCAGUCGGCGCAUUUGGAGCAAUUCAGAAGGGAAUCUUUGUCAGCUGUUCAGCUGGAAAUGCUGGCCCUGACUAUAUGACUUUAUCCAAUGAAGCUCCAUGGAUUCUCACGGUUGGAGCAAGCACCAUUGACAGAAACAUAAGAGCAACAGCAAAGCUUGGAAAUGGGCAAGAAUAUGACGGGGAGUCAGUAUUCCAACCUAAAGAUUUUAGUUCAAAACAGUUAGCUCUUGUUUAUGCAGGUGCACAUAGCAAUGAUUCAUCAGCUCUUUGCGAUGUAGGGUCCCUUAAAUAUGUUGAAGGGAAAGUAGUGGUGUGUGAGGUAGGUGGAGGAACUGGAAGAAUUGCAAAAGGGGUAGAAGUGAAAAGAGCUGGUGGUGUUGCCAUGAUUCUUGUCAACCCAGACUUCGCUGGCUAUACCACCAUAGCAGACGCUCACGUGCUUCCGGCAACACAUGUGAGUUACUCUGCAGGGGUGAGCAUCAAAACCUAUAUAAAUUCAACCUCAACUCCUACAGCGACAAUCUUAUUCAAAGGCACUGUCAUCGGUGAUCAGCUUGCUCCCAAGGUUGCUUUCUUUUCAUCAAGAGGACCAAGCCUGGCAAGCCCUGCAAUUUUGAAACCUGACAUUAUUGGUCCCGGUGUGAGCAUCCUAGCUGCGUGGCCUUUUUCGGUGGAUAAUGCUUUAGAAUCUAAGGCCACAUUUGACAUUAUUUCAGGUACUUCAAUGUCAUGCCCUCACCUAAGUGGCAUUGCAGCCUUGCUCAAGAGCUCACACCCUGACUGGUCACCUGCUGCCAUUAAGUCUGCAAUGAUGACAACUGCUGAAGUAAACAACCUCGCUGGCUCGGCCAUUCUUGAUCAAACACUUCUUGCAGCAGACCUCUUUGCCAUUGGCGCAGGCCAUGUUAACCCUUCAAAAGCAAAUGACCCUGGGCUCAUCUACGACAUACAACCAGAGGACUACAUUCCUUACUUGUGUGGUUUGAAUUACACAAGCAAACAGAUAUCGGCAAUCACCCAACAAAAAGUGUCGUGCUCUAAAGUAGGAGUCAUACCUGAAGCACAGCUAAACUAUCCCACAUUUUGUAUCUAUAUAGAGUCUGGUGGUGAGCCUCAGAAUUACACAAGAACCUUGACCAAUGUUGGCCCAGCUAAUUCAACUUACAAAUUGGCUCCCCUGAGACUACAUAAAAUGGACAUCACUGUGCUACCUGAGGUGCUUACAUUUACAGAGGUUAACCAAAAAUUGACAUACCGUGUGGUGUUUGCCGCACAAGAUGGAGCUGGGAAAGAUGGUAUACCAUUUUCUCAGGGAUAUUUGAGUUGGGUGUCUCGUCAGCAUUCUGUUAACAGCCAAAUAUCUGUGGUCUUUGACUAUGAGUAA